UUAUCAGCUUAAAGAUUUGAUGCUUGGUCCGGUAAAUGUUUAGUAGUCCUUCAGCGUCAACGGAGAUCUGAUUAAACGCGAAGAUGAAAUUUCAUCGCUUUACUUUUUUAACACUUGUGGCGGCUAUAUCCUCCGAACAUUUUGGACUGGCAGCAACGGCAGAUAGCAAAGUCGUAUGUUAUUAUGACAGCCGGUCUAAUAAUAGAGAAGGUCAAGGAAAGUUCGAUAUCGCUUUCUUGGAACCCGCACUUCAAUUUUGCACCCACUUGAUUUACGGAUAUGCCGGCAUCAAAGAAGAAAAUUUUAAACUGGUUCCUCUCAACGAGCCUCUGGAUAUCAACAGGCAAAAUUUCAAACACAUAACCGACUUAAAACGAAGGUUCCCGGGUUUGAGGGUUCUUCUUUCUGUGGGUGGUAAUGUCGAUGUUUCUGGCGAAGGUAGCGAGAAAAAUAUGAAGUAUAGAACUCUUUUAGAAGCAGUGGAGAACAGAUUGGCUUUCGUAAAUUCUGCUCACACAUUGGUAAAGAACUACGGAUUUGAUGGUCUAGAUCUGGCGUGGGAGUUUCCUGAAACGAAACCAAAGAAAAUUCGCAACAAAUUUACUGGUUUCUUCGUUAACUUGAAGCACAAAAUUGUCGGCGAAUCAGUAAUCGACGAAAAAGCCGAAGAACACAAGGAACAAUUCAUCGCUCUCGUCAGAGAACUGAAGAAUGAGUUCCGGCACGAUGGCCUUCUGUUGUCGAUAUCCGUCCUUCCUAACGUAAACGGUUCAGUUUAUUUCGAUCCUCGUCAGGUUGCCCCACAUGUCGAUUUUGUUUCACUCCAGGCCUUUGAUUAUCGAACUCCCGAACGCAAUCCCAAAGAACUCGACUACCCCGCUCCUUUGUACGAGUUGUUGGAUAGAAAAUUUGACGAAAAUGCCGAUUACCAAGUGAGAUACUGGCUUUCAAACGGACUUCCCAGUCACAAACUAAUUCUUGGCAUACCGACAUACGGGAGAAGUUGGAAGUUAAAUGAAGAUUCGGGAUUAACCGGAGUACCGCCUACGCCAGCAGAUGGGGCUGCCGAUCCCGGUCAGUACACCCAAGAAGCGGGACUCCUUAGUUAUCCCGAAGUAUGCGUGAAAAUUGCCACACCUAAAGAAAUUCAAGCCGGAUACCUUGGCAAGUUGCGGAAGGUCAACGAUCCCACCAAGAGAUUUGGAGUAUACGCGUUUCGUCUUCCGGAUAACAACGGGGAGGGGGGUAUUUGGAUCGGAUACGAAGAUCCGGACACUGCCGGAAACAAAGCUAGUUACGCCAAAGCUAAAAGUCUGGGAGGUAUAGCUCUAGUGGACAUAUCACUCGAUGAUUUCAGAGGACUCUGCACCGGUGACAAAUAUCCAAUACUGAGAGCUGCUAGAUUUAGACUAUAAUUUUCUUUGAAUUAUGAAUUUAAACUUUAUUAUAAAUAAACGCGCGGAUGUUUAAUAAUGUGUUAUUCCGAAUAUAAUAAAGUUUGUGAGAAAA